CACACAUACACAGACGGCAGCCACACUCUUUCGGAACGGGCCGACGGGGCAGGAAAAGCGGAGCAGAGAGCGGAACGAACUGGAACACCACGGAGCAGUAGCCGCGCUGGGACCGGAGCGCUGCUGGGUGAUCUUCUUGUGACAGUGUUACUAUUGCGCUGGUGACCGCAGAACCGAAGCGAAAGACCGCAACGCAGAGAGGAUCGCAACAUACUAUGGAUCCAAUGUUCUUUCCGCCCUCCAAUGGAGUUCCAUCCGAGAGCAAGCUGGCAACGUACAUGAGUCGUCAAAAUGGCACGACUCCCGCGUACGGACUGGCGUCGGGGCUUUCGGGGAAGAUAUCGCUGGACUCUCCGAUAGCGCUCAAAAAAACUCAGGUGACCCCACAGUCGCCCGAAUUCAUUCCAAACAACCGGUUAAGCACAUCGUCCUCGCCGAACUUCUACUCGUCCUACUCGAUACUUAGCAGCAACAAUGGUGGCCCCGUGGUCAGCAACAAUGGCACGGUCGUGGCCGCCGCCCAACCGUCCCAACCGACGGCACCUCAGCUGGCCACGGUCAAGGGUGCGCCGGUCAACAGUGUCGCCAGCUACGUCACCGGCAACAACAUACUGGCCGCCACCCUUACCGGCGGCACGUCCGCCUUCGCGGUAACUCCGAUCAAGGGUCGGAACUUGCUGCGAAACGAAUCACCGCAAAGUACUAAUACAUCCCCCCGUAUUACGCCCCAACCAUCACCACCGCCAAUUACCACCAACAUUCAUCAAGAGAACGUCGGUGGCACCACGUACUUCUACCCAACUGCAACCAAUCAUCAAUUAACGCCGAGCAGUACAGUUAACACGACUGAUAACUCCUUUGUCCACAUAGCGAGCUCACAGAUCAAUCUAAAUUAUACCCAUCCAGGGCAUGUUUACCCGGGACCUGCAUCGCAUGUUAUCAACAUGCAAUCGAAGGCGCAAGUGUCGAUGGCGUUCUUUAUGCCGGACGAACUAAGAAACGAUAUUUUAUCACGCAAUGAGCUAGUGAAUAGUAUUGAUAGCGACAGUCAAGAUAUACCUCUCGAGGUGGAAAAUUACCACUCACUAUGUUUGCUCGAGUCGCAACCGCUUCAUCCGAAGCUUCCCGUACCGUCGUCCACCUACCGAGCUACGCACAGCGUUAGUGGUGUGAAGUACUGCCUUAGACGCCUUCACGGCUUCCGCCUGCAGUCUACCAAGUGCAUGCAGGUAGUGGACAUGUGGAAAAAGCUCCAGCACACCAACAUCGUACAGCUGCGCGAAGUGUUCACCACGAAAACGUUCGGUGAUAAUUCACUAGUGAUAGUGUACGAUUAUCAUCCCGGUUCGCAGACUCUGCUCACGAAGUACUUUCCUGCCGUUCCCGAAACGAACGGCUAUACCGAUCCGUUCGCUGGCGAGGCACGACCUUUUAGUCACAAAAGCUCGCUACACCGUACGCUUACAACAUCGCUCCUGCCGGAAAACGAAAUAUGGUCAAUUAUCAUUCAGUUGAGUGCCGGCCUGCGAGCAAUGCAUCAGGCGGGUCUAGCCUGUCGAACGCUCGACCCAACCAAGAUUAUCGUGACGGGUAAACGGAUACGCUACAGUUGCGUGGGCAUCUCGGACAUUGCCACGUUCGAUCCGAACCAACCCAACCCCCUGACGGUGGUUAACCAUCGUCAGCAGGAUGACCUGUCUGCCCUGGGCAAGCUGAUACUUGCCCUUGCCUGCCGCACGUUACAAUCGGUCCAGCGUGACCAAAUUCAGAGCAGCAUCGACCUAAUAUCGCGCCACUAUUCGUCCGAUCUCCGGAAUAUCAUACUAUGUUUGCUAAACCCUACCGCACGGCGCUCGGUGACGGAGAUAAUGCCGAUGAUCGGUGCCCGAUUUUACGUACAACUCGAUGCCCUGCAAGCUCAAUGUGAUAUACAGGAGGACGAGCUGGCGAAGGAAAUGGAAAAUGGUAGACUGUACCGGUUACUCGUGAAGCUGGGCUGCAUCAACGAACGCCCAGAACUCAAUCUGGAUGUCACGUGGUCCGAGACGGGUGAUCGCUACAUGCUAAAACUAUUUAGAGACUACCUCUUCCACGCCGUCACCGAGGAUGGGCGUCCCUGGCUCAACCAGUCCCACAUAGUGCAGUGCCUCAACAAGCUGGACGCAGGCACGUUGGAAAAGGUUCAACUAAUGUCCCGUGACGAACAAUCAGUAUUAGUGGUGACCUAUGCCGAGCUGAAGCACUGUCUGGAUCAAGCAUUUUCGGAACUGGUCGCGGCUAGCGAGGGCUCCGUUUAAAACUAACCAUCGUUUGAGGUGUGGUGCGCAUCGUGACUGACGAGCGGCUCCAACACGCUUCUCGCCGUGCCGUUCGGUGGCGGUUUGCUGCGUCUAAACAGUACCUUGGCGGUGAAGGCCAAAUGUCCUUAAAGUGUCACCUUUCGAGAUGCGGGUUAAUUUACAAUGGUUACCCCCUUUUACCGGCAGAGGCAACCCAACCACUGGUGCGAUGGUGGAGUACCGUUUGAUUUUGAAGCGUUCCUCUUUUCUUACCAUUCGCAAUCGGGAAUUAUCGUUGCAAAAUUGCGACCGAAAAUUGUGAUCAAACAGCAGUGGCAGCUAUGUGCCAGUGGAGUGUGUUAAAAGAAUGACGUGAAAAGCAUACCUGAACACGCACACACAACCGGCGAUCGUUACAUGCCGCCCACCGCCACCGAAACGUAGAGACGUGCUUGACCUCUUGUGCAAGCGAAUUAGUUCCUGGCGCCACAAAAGCAGCAUAGCGCGGGACUUAGUAUUGUGAUGGGAAUGCUUCUGAUACAAUAGAUCUCCGGAAUAACGAUGCUACGGCAGCACGUGAAUGUGCACACGAAUUACGAUACGAUCGACGACGAUCAUAUGAUAACGAUGACGAUAAAACAAAUAUCACAAGAAUGAAGAGGAUCGUGCCGAAAGAUCGAUUUGAUGUAGGUUAAGAGAUGUCAGUUAGAAGAUAUGCAAAGAGCAGAAAACAAGAGGGAAGCUAAUACGGCAGCGUUUGCGAAGUUGUGAGAGAACCAGGGAGUGGACUGUUUCACUGUUUUUUCAGAGCCCAUCUUUUGAUAAGCUUUCCUUAUGAUUAUUUUUGUUUAUUUUGGCUGCGUUUUCUAUACCAUUCUCUUUAUUUCACAUCAACAAACAUGCGAACAUUGUUUAGUACAAUUGAGUGUAAGACUGCAUUGCUGCAAGAGGCGUUUUUGCUUACGAUGGUGGGUAUUUAAAUUGACUGUGCUUGGUUGUGUAUUGGGUGCCGCUGAGGGUGGGUCAACGGUGACACACGUUAUGUGCCGUUUGUUCCGUUUACAGUUUCCCCCCUUUACACCGUACCCGGCGCCAUUCGUUCCGUUCGUGGUUUAGCGUUCUGAAUUGAACAUUUUAACAAGUACUACUAAGAAACGAUACAAACAGCAAAACCACAUACAUUAGCUCUAGCUCCGUUAGCCCUCGGAAGGAGGGACUAGGUUAGGUAAGAAGACUCUCAUACGUGGCAGUAUCAGCAACACUGCAGCUUAGAUGAACAACACGGAUCAAGCGAAGCAAAACGGAGGUUAUUUUUUAACGAACCCCCCCACAAAACGCCGGUGGGCCGGGAAAACUAUUGAGGGUAACAAAUUUUGCAUGCAAAAUUCAUAUACUUCCUGAGUAACGUUUAAGUGAACAAACGGCGCAUGGUGGAGAAAAACAUUAAGAUACCGUGUUUGUGUGGAAACGAGUGGACGAUGCUGGCGUAAGGAGAGCGGCAGCUAAAUCGGGGAGGGGUGCAGAACAGAGUAGCAGUAAGGCCAGACACCCCUACUAUAUAUCCGGGCCAACAAGCCACUAAAAACCGUGCAGGUGAUUUAAAGGAAAAAGACUUUUUAUUGUGACAAAUAAUGUUUAAACGUGCAACAAAUCCCGGCAGAGAGAGAGAAAGAGUGCGUGAGGCGGCAGGCAGCAUUAUUGAGGUACGUGCCGUCCUCCCGGUCGUUCUAUGGGCUGGACACGCGGGCGGAAGCGACCGACACAGAGAGAAAUCGAGACCGGACCCUAGAGAGAUAAGAGCGCGUGGUGAGGAAAGUGAAAUAUAUUUGUAAAAAAUGCGUAAAAAACAAAAUGGCGAAGAGAAAAUGUGCACAAAAAUACGAUAAAUGAGAGGAACAGACAGACAACACAGAGAAAACACGUUCGAGAAGGAAACGAAAGUAGAAGUGUGUUACGAACGUUGUACAACGAUUUUCGUUUGAUUACACAUUUUUUACUACCAGAAUACCUUCUGUGCAACCUUACUACCGUGCGCCCCGGGCUUAAUAAAGCACGGGGUCCGUUUGGUAGAGCUUUCGUGUGGCCGCGGCGGCAUUCAGUUUGCCGCCGGUCCCGGCUUCGAUUAUUCCUACGUUUCCGAUUGGCGAGAAACAAGUUUCUAAAUUCUAGGCCGCGCUCGUACGGAUCCCCGCCCGAUUGGUUCCUACUACUGAUGUUUGGGGGGUCGCGAUUGCGCAAUCCUCACCGCAGCGCUAUAUUUUACCAGAUAAGAUUAUUUUUGUACUAUGUGUAGGUAUUAUCCCUUUUUUGGCGUAAGGUUUUGUGAAAGUUUGUUCGGCUGCGGACGGCUGCGGACAACUAUUGGAAAACUAUUUACAUAUUAUGCAUACAUUACACAUACUUACUUAGCGCAUAACAGGCCGUGUAGAAAGUAGACAUUUUGUUUGUGUUUUCUUCCACAAAUUACGAUGUACAAUGGUCCCACAUCUCGCACCUCAAUCCUGCAAUCGUCCGGCGUAGGGAAAGCGCCCCCUGCUACACUUAAACCAGGAAAAUCUUUACAAAUGUCCCCGUGGGGCACAACAACAAAUUCGAAUGAGUCAAACACCUUCGGCUUUGUGAUAGGGCCCUUGGAUCGGGCCAAUAAUUCAGGGUUACUUACUAGCAUGCGUUUACAGCGAUUCGAUCUCAUGAAUUUAUUUUGCGUUUUUAAAUAUCGGUUUUUUCACCUUCUCCUUUCCCGGCAUGCUUUGAUGAUGAUCCCAUUUUCUGUUUCCUUCCAUAUUUUGUUUUUCCCUCCCCCCUACCUCCUCUUUCUCUUUCACUCUCAAAUCCUCAUUCACGCACACGCGCGUGGUACACAACAAAAACAGAUACCGUCUUUUGCAGUGAAUUGCUGUUGGAACUGAACAAAUGAAAAACAGAAACAUAAACCGAAUCGGACACUCGGGACAGGAUUACACUACCCUUAGUGCGCAUAUUUUUCUCCGCAAUCGAAAUCGUUAUCGUGUCUCGAAAUGCGAGCAAAUCCGCCACAGUUGGGGCAGACGAGAGGAAAUAUGGUUAAAUUAUAUUUGAAAGGAAAACUUGAGGAGGGCGCGAAAGGGCGAAAAUACGAAAAAUGUAACAAAAAAAAAUACA